AUAGAGAAUUCGCCAAUUUUUGAAGUUAUUCGUGGCCAGUCCUUUGAGCGUCGAGGUGGUUGUGUGAAUCAAAAAUGAAGUCUUUAGUGCUAGCUCUUGUCAGUUUACUGGCAAUUUCAUUAGUAAAUUGUGAAGUGUUUUUCGAGGAGAAGUUCCCCGAUGACUCAUGGGAAUCCAACUGGGUUUACAGUGAACAUCCCGGCAAAGAAUUCGGCAAAUUCAAGCUGACUGCUGGAAAGUUCUAUAACAAUCCGGAGGAAGAUAAAGGUCUGCAAACGUCUGAGGACGCGAGGUUCUACGCUCUGUCGCGCAAGUUCAAGCCUUUCAGCAACGAAGGCAAGCCCCUGGUUGUGCAGUUCUCAGUAAAACAUGAACAGGACAUUGACUGCGGAGGUGGUUACCUCAAGGUCUUCGACUGCAAGUUGGAGCAGACUGACAUGCAUGGAGAGACCCCCUACGAAAUUAUGUUUGGCCCUGACAUCUGCGGUCCUGGUACCAAGAAGGUGCACGUGAUCUUCAGCUACAAAGGCAAGAACCAUCUGAUCAAGAAAGACAUCCGUUGCAAGGAUGAUGUGUACACUCACUUGUACACUCUGAUCGUCAAGCCUGACAACACCUACGAGGUGCUCAUUGACAACGAGAAGGUCGAGUCUGGAGAUUUGGAGGCUGACUGGGACUUCCUUCCCCCCAAGAAGAUCAAGGACCCAGAAGCCAAGAAACCCGAAGACUGGGACGAGAGGCCCACCAUCCCCGACCCUGAGGACAAGAAACCCGAAGACUGGGACAAACCUGAGCACAUUCCCGACCCUGAUGCCACCAAGCCUGAGGACUGGGAUGAUGAGAUGGACGGCGAGUGGGAACCUCCCAUGAUUGACAACCCCGACUACAAGGGCGUUUGGGCACCUAAGCAGAUCGACAACCCUGCCUACAAGGGCCCAUGGGUGCACCCAGAGAUCGACAACCCCGAGUACACAUCAGACCCCAACCUGUACAAGCGCGACGAACUCUGCGCCGUCGGUCUCGACCUCUGGCAGGUCAAGUCUGGCACCAUCUUCGACAACUUCCUCAUCGGAGACAGCAUCGAGGAGGCCGCCGAACGAGGCGAGGCCCUCAAGAAGAGGCUAGAAGGUGAAAAGAAGAUGAAGAGUGAGCAGGAUGAGGUCGAGAGGGAGAAGGAGAAGGCGGAGAAGCCUGAUGAUGAAGAUCUCGAUGAUGAAGAUCUGGAUGACGAGGCUGGUGAUGCCGCGCCUGUGGAGGACCACGAUGAGCUGUAAACUGUGUCGUUGUGUGUGUAAAGACAUUAGUAUCGUCGGGUACAACGUGAGUGUGUCGCGCGGGUGCGUGAGCGCAAGUUCUAGUUCCAAAAACUUGAAGAACCUUAGUUCGUCUAGUGCGUUAUAGUGUGUUCUGUUCCAGUCUCUAUCAAAUAUGUAUGAUAACAUGCUGUAUUUAAUUCAUAAUCAUACUUAUCUUACAAUGCGUGUGCUAGCUCGAAAUAUUCCAAGUUGGGGUUGAAUAUUUAUUUUCGCGGACCCAACGAACCGUUUUAUUUUGUAUAAAGGUUGAAAUCACGCUCAGUUUUUAUUGUAUUAAUGUUAAUACGGCACUGUGUGUCGUCGAGUGCAGGGAUUUAUUGUACACUGUUAGUUGCUCUAGCCUAAAUUUUUUGUAAGAAUUUUGACUAAUAUUGUAGAAUAAAUCUGUGAGUGAAAGUUUCUCAUUUAUGUUGUGAAACGAGUCUGAUUAAAAUUAAUAUAUUAAAUUAAAAUUUA